AUGGCAGAAGGAAUUUUAUCCUCUGCUGUGAUCAUCCCCGAUCAAGAUAGCGUCAUUCCCUCCCCAGAACACGGCGCGAAGCGAAGACAAUCCUCAACCGCAGACCCGGAUUCAGACAUCAAACGCCGCCGUCUGAGCGCUCAGGAUGAUAACCAAGACUCCGGACAACCUCCCGUUCGCAGACCAUCGACUCCACAGACAGGCGCUCAAGACCCGGAACGAAGACGUAAUCAUCGGGACGAAGAACGAAAACGCGGACAGCGGUUAUUUGGUUCUCUACUAGGAACACUCUCGCAGAGCUCCAAUUCGGCGGCGCAACGACGGCGGGCGGAUAUAGAGCGGAAGCAGCAGGAUAAACUCAAACUACAAGAUGAGGAAUACGGGGAGCUGAAGAAGAAGAGGCGAGAGGACCGGGUUGCGCUACGGAAGAAAGAGCAGAAGCUUUAUGAGAAAGAGAUGAUGCAUACCCGUCACACGAAUCUUCUGGCCACGGCUCACUUCCUGAAAACGAAGUCAGAGCCCGUACUGUACUAUAAGCCAUGGCAGCUCCGAUCUAAGGACGAAGAUAUUAUACAAGAUCAAGUACGGGAAGCAGAGGCGACAAUCGCACGAGAAGUGGAGGAAUUCGAUGCGCGCAGCAAAGAAGAAGAACAACCAGAGAAACCAGACACAGAGAAGCCCAGCGACACGAAGCCGGACCGGUCUGAAGAGCAGAGACCAGAACCACCCAAGUCUGAUGAAAAUGCUCAGGAUGAGCAGUCCAAAGAGAACAGGGACGCAGUAACAACUGAAACCAGCCACGAGAAGGGCACAGAAGGGACUAAACCUGAGGGUCCUCCCCUACCUAGCGAUGACGUACCGACGACUACAAAUCAAGAUGUCCAUCGAGGAGCUGAGGAUGACGGCGGGGAAGUUGUGGAAGACAAUGAAGAUACGGUGAUUUACUGA